UGAGUGAGAGGAUGAGUAUAAAAGAGGGAACAUCUCCACAACCACAACAGAUCUGCUCUCAGGAGGAGGAUAGUUUACCUGAAAAUCUACAGAAUCCAAACUCUAAAAAUGGAAGUGGAUAAGAAGAAAACACAAUUAGAGAAGUCCCAAAUUACAGACUGUGAUCUGUCUGAGAAGAUAAAGACUGUGACUAAGGAAUGUCACGUCCGAGCCAAUAGCACAGAGUUGAUGCAAGCCUUCCAGAGAGGAAACAUCACCCUGAUGCAGUAUAAGCUCUUGCUGUGCUCCUUAUAUAAGAUCUACGAAGCUCUAGAGGAGGAACUGGACAGGAACGCCGCUCAAGAAAGUGUCGCACCAAUUUACUUCCCUCAUGAAUUGGCCAGGACUGAGAUGCUGAAGAAAGAUCUGGAGCACUUUUAUGGUCAGGACUGGAGAAAAAAGAUUUUUGUUCCAGCCUCUACAUUGAGAUACACUCAGAGGUUGAGAGAGAUUGGCAGCGAGCAUCCUGAACGCCUCGUGGCUCACGCUUAUACUCGCUACCUGGGUGACCUGUCAGGUGGACAGGUGUUAAGCCGCGUUCCUCAAAGGUCUUUAGGACUGAAGAACGGAGAGGGUUUGGCGUUCUUCUCAUUUCCUGCCGUCAGCAGCCCGAAUCUGUUCAAGCAGCUGUACAGAAGCAGGAUGAACAGCAUCGAGCUGACAGAAACGCAGAGAGAGGGAGUGCUGGAGGAAGCUGUCAGAGCCUUCGAGUACAACAUCCAGGUUUUUGAUGAUCUCCAGAACAUGGUGAGCAUCUCAGAGAAGAAUGAACUGAGGCAGAGAAACAAAACACACAACCACGAGACACCAGAUGUCAGAGUGAAUCAGAGCUCAGCGCUGUCCUCCUCACUGACAUCCCCUUCUCAGCUGCUCAGGAUGCUGCUCGGUGUGUGUUUCGCUCUGGCAGUCGGAAUGGGAAUAUCAAACACAGUCAGAAGUCAGAUGAACAGCACCAAAAUAUAAAAGUUAGUUUAGUGACAGAAAGCUUCUGAGACACAAAGUGGUCAAGGCUCUGGGUUGUUGAUGCUGCUACUGUUGGGCCAUUGAGCAAAGCCUCUCUGCUCCGUCGGCACCGCAUCAUGGCCGACUUUGCGCUCUGACCACGACUUUCAAUGCUGGUAUAUGUGAAGAAAGAUUUUCACUGUGUGUAACGUAUAUGGUAUGUGACAAAAAUAAAAACUUCUCCUGUUU